AUGAGCCCAACAACGUUCGACAAGGUCGACAAGUUCGACGGUUCCAACUACCAGUUAUGGAGUUUUAAGAUGAUGAUGUACUUAUGGUCUCGGGGACUGUGGGGUCAAGUGGAUGGGAGAUCGCCGCCAGACCGUGCGCUGAUGGAGCAAGCGCAUGCGGCAAUCGUGCUGAGUCUUACUGACUCGCAGGUACUACACGUGAUCACGACGGCGACGGCUAUGGACGCAUGGAACACGCUGCAGCGCCUUAACGAGUCUAAGGACAUGGCUAGUCGCAUGUGGUUGAGAGAGAAGUUUUCGACGUUUCGCUACACAGCGAGCUCGAUGGAGAAGCAUUUCGAGGAGCUGGAGGCUUUUGUUUUGCAGAUGGGCGGCGCGGGGUGCCUUCCGGAUGAAGAAGACGUGUGUGCGACGCUGCUACGCAGCCUCCCAGCGUCGUUCGAAGGUUUGGUGCAGGCGUUCCGUAUGAGCGUCGGCAAGUUCACGUACGGAGACGUGAUGAGUCGAGUGUUGGCGAAAGACAUUAGAUAG